GCAAGCAACGAGCGACCGAAUCGCGUACCGUGCCGGUGUGGCCUCCCCUUUGGGUUCGCACUCUCUCUUCCUCGCCCAGAAGCAAACCCCUCCUAGCGCCACCACGCCCACCAGCCGCGCAGAUUGCCGCGUACCCACAGAGAGAGAGAGAGAGCGAGCGCGGGUUUGCCCUCCCAUGGAGAAGGGGGACGGGCCCGCCCUCCAGCCUCUGCUGUGCCUCGCCUGGCUCGCCGCCACGCUCCCCAUCGCCGCCGCCGCGCUGCCCAUCCCCGCGGCCGCCGGCGGCCGCUUCCUACACAGCCUCCUCGCCGCCUUCUCCUCCCGCGGCAAGACCGUCAGGCCGUCCUCCUCCUCCAAGGCGAAGUUCACAGUUCCGCAGAAGUACUUCUUGCAUUUCUAUGUGGUGGGAGUGGCGGUGACAACAAGCUUGCUGCUUGCAAUAUGCUUCUAUGCAUAUAUGAAAAUGACACCGCUGUUGGCAGAGCCAUCGAGUUACUCCACAAUCGCUAGCCAUCUUAUUGGGUCAAAUUCGUUCUCUUUUGGCAGUGUCCUGUCGCGCACCAUGGAACACAAGUAUCGUGUCUGGCGGACUGUCUUUGUACUUCUAUUGAUGGAAAUUCAGGUGCUGAGACGCCUGUAUGAGACUGAAAAUGUGUUUCACUACAGCCCUACAGCUCGGAUGCACAUUGUAGGAUACCUGACAGGUCUAUUCUAUUACACGGCUGCACCUUUAUCUCUCGCUAGCUCUUGUCUUCCUGAAGCAAUAGAUUUUCUUCGAGGUCAAAUAGCUGAAUUCAUAGUAAAGGGUCGUGCAAGAAUGCCAGACCUAGUCAUUGAUUCACCCUCUCUUAUAAAGCCUCUUUUAAAGUUGGGGUGGUGCCAAUGGAUAGGUGCUGUUAUAUUCAUUUGGGGAUCCCUCCAUCAGAUCCGCUGCCAUGCAAUUCUUGGAUCGUUGCGCGAAAAUAAAGAUUCUGAUGAAUAUGUUAUUCCUUGUGGUGACUGGUUUAGUCGUGUGUCUUGCCCUCAUUACCUUGCUGAACUAGUCAUAUAUUUGGGCAUGUUGAUAGCUAGUGGUGGAUCAGACAUUUCAGUGUGGUUCCUGUUCAUUUUUGUGAUAACAAACUUGUCAUUUGCAGCAAUACAAACUCAUAGAUGGUACCUUCAGAAGUUUGAAGACUACCCCCGUUCUCGCUAUGCGAUCAUUCCAUUUGUAUUGUAGCAUCUACAGGCAUUCCUUGUGUGCAGUAAAAAAAUCGUGCGUUCUGGCUAGAAUGCAUAAGCCCGGCUUGUAAAAGAUAUUCAUGUAAAUGUGACAGCUUGUAAGUUAAAAUGUCGUGCAACUCAAAAAAAAAAAAAGAGGUCAAAAUGUUGUGUUGUGUGAAUUUGAAAUGCUUAUGAGGGUUCUAUUUCCAGUUGUAAAUUACGAUACAUAAUUAACAUAAUUGGGUCUUUGGAUGUA